CAUGGCUGACUGGCACGCAGUCACUUUCGAAUGGCCUUAUGAUAGCGCCAACAAUGUCACAGUCACUGGAACUUUUGACCGAUGGUCAUCAUCAGUACGACUCGAGAAACAAGAUUCAUCCUUUAAGGCAACCGUGAAAGUCCCGUGGAAUGAAAAGGUUGCAUACAAGUUUAUUGUCGAUGGAGAAUGGCUGGUGAAUGAGAGAGCACCGACCGAGAGAGAUUCUGCGGGCAACCUAAAUAACAUCUAUGUCGCCCCCGAGAAACCCGCGGAACCGUCGCAUUCAGACUCUACUGCGCAGUCCGUCCGCGUGCUAGAGAAAGUCGAAGAAACACCCAAAGAGCAAGUCCUGUCAACAGAUGAUGGCAAAGACGUGUCUGCCCCUCAGCUUCUCUCGGAUUUGGCGCAAACCGUGGUAGCAGCAGAAGGCACAGAAUCCCCUGUGGAUUAUGUAGCCUCCGGUAUAGGUGCAGCGAUACAAGGAGUUUUUGGGGUGGAUCCCAUAAACACUGAUAAGAUGCCCGUACAAACUCCCAAGGCAGAGCUUGUAAAGGCUUCCGCUGUAGAGGCUUCAACAACAAAUCAUACUGAUGUCAAAGACCAGCUUGUCGAAUACGCAAAGGCCGCUGGUGUCGAAAGCGACAGUCCACAAGUUGACGUUGCGGCUAACAGUGUUCCCGGGCUCAAUGGUACAUCCACCUCCACCCAAGAUUCUGGGUCAGCUGAACCUGUCCAAAUACCAUCAAUCCUUCCUGUUGUUUCGACUGUUGAUUCCACGUUGUCCCCGCCACCAGAGGAAGUUGUAACUGCUCAUGGCCCAUCAACCCACACACCUGUUGGCAUUUCCAAUUCCUCAGAUACAAGUGCUGCCGCUGUUUCCAAAGCUGAGACACCCGUCGUUGGAUCUCCGGACGUUCUCGUGGCGCCCGAAGCGGAAACUAGCUCUUCUCCUGUUUCCUCAUCCAACGUCCAAGGCACUAGGACUGCAGCUUCAAUUUCUGGUAGAGAGACCAACGGAAACAAUGUGCAUCCAACAGACGGCUCAAUCGUUACGCCUACCUCAUCAACUCCAGCGAGUAGAGCCACUUCCCCUACACCCUCGACGCCAGUUAAAGACAAACACCAGAGGUUCCCCUCCACUGUUUCAAAUGAAUCCCCGAAAUCCGACAAAUCCUCAUCCUCUUCGAGGUUUAGAACCAUGUCAGGUACUGGUUCAAUUAGAAAAUCAUUGGCUGGCCUGCGGAGAGUCAGCAUAAAAGGGAUCUUUGGCAAACAUAAAGAGGAGAAUUAG